UUGCAAUUUAGUCCCAGCUAUAAGUAUUGCAUUUACGGGAUAAAGUACCAUCGAAAUUCGUCCGGUUUCAUUGACGAGCUCUAUUUCAACGACGUGAAGUAUCCGUGGGGCAGCAAAGAUGUCACUCAUGCGGAAUUCGAAAAAGCAGCCAAACCUCUCUGCACGGAUCUCGUCACCUAUGCUACAGGCACAGCUCCAUUCAAUGCUUUGUAUUACUCCACUUGGGUGUUGACAACCAACAAUACGUAUGUGGACAUGUUCAUGAUUUGUUGUAAACCGUGCCCUACUGCUAACACCACUGCUCAGUGGCGCAUUACCCUCAAGCUUCAUUUCCUGAUACGGCGACAAUACAGUUUGAUGAAGAAUUACGUGUUGAAACAGAUUCCUGGCGCUGUGGAUAGUAAAGAUAUGUUUAUCGACGAAAGCUACUACAUAACCAAUCGUAUGCCAGAAGCCAGUGAUUACGUUGUAACAUGCAAUAUGGCCAAUCUGCGGCGGGUAUGA